AUGGGAUAUGGUAUCGCAGGUUCCACUAAUGUCCAGGGUGAGGAGGUUAAAAAGCUCGAUGUUUUGGCUAAUGAAUUGUUCAUCAACAUGUUGUCAGCUUCAUUCACCACCUGUCUGCUUGUCAGCGAGGAAAAUGAUACUGCAAUAAUUGUGGACUCAGAAAAACAAGGCAAGUACAUUGUCUGUUUUGACCCUCUAGAUGGCUCCUCAAACAUUGAAUGUUUGGUCUCAAUUGGAUCAAUCUUCAGCAUUUACAGGAGACCAGCUGGGUCCAGUCCAGUAUCGGAGAAGGAUGCUCUACAGCCGGGUAACCAGUUGGUGGCGGCCGGCUACGCUCUGUAUGGCAGUGCCACCAUGAUGGUGUUGUCUAUCGGGAAAGGAGUUAAUGGCUUCAUUCUAGACCCGAUAGUUCAAGACUUUGAAGUAAUAGUUGUUAACUAUUCCAUGUAUGUUGACUCUAUAGGCGAUUGGAGAGUUUGUCUUGACAGACCCCAACAUCAGAGUACCAGCUCGGGUAAGAUCUACAGCAUCAAUGAGGGAUACACGAACCUGUGGGGGCAGCCUGCCCUGAAGGAGUAUGUAGACAGGAAGAAGGACCCCAAGGUUUGUCACAAGAAUAGUUUGUUGGAAAAACCGUACGCGUGCCGUUUUGUAGGAUCCAUGGUUGCUGAUAUCCACAGAACACUCAAGUACGGAGGAAUCUUCAUGUACCCUUCCUACUCAGACUAUCCUACAGGACGGUUGCGGUUGAUGUACGAAGUGAUACCGAUGUCGUACCUGAUGGAGCAGGCAGGGGGGCUGGCGUCCAACGGGACCAAGAGGAUCCUGGACGUCGUUCCUUCGAGUAUCCAUCAACGCUGUCCCAUCUUCAUAGGCUCCAGGGAGGAUGUCAGUGAAGUCUUGGAACUGAUCGAGAAACACUCCAAAGUGAUCGUGUCUUUCCAUCAUUCCUCCUCUACAAGACUGAGAUACUGCAUCUUGAGUUGUGAUUCAAACAAGUGUUUUGUUGUGUAA